GCGGGGGCCAAGUCAGGUCUGCUCCGCGCUGCCAGUCCCCUCGCGGCUGCUGCUGCUGUCAGACCGGCCGCUUCCUCGCCCGCCCCGCCGCCGCCAUGGCCGGGUACGAGUACGUGACCCCCGAGCAGCUGGGCGGCUUCGACAAGUACAAGUACAGUGCAGUGGACAGCAAUCCUCUCUCUCUCUACGUUAUGCACCCAUUCUGGAAUACUAUCGUGAAGAUUUUCCCUACCUGGUUGGCUCCAAAUCUGAUAACAUUUUCUGGCUUCCUGUUGCUUGUCUUCAACUUCUUCCUCAUGGCAUACUUUGAUCCUGAUUUUUAUGCUUCCGCACCUGAUCAUGAGCAUGUUCCAAAUCGAGUGUGGGUCAUGGUGGGUCUCCUCAACUUCGUGGCAUAUACACUUGAUGGUGUUGAUGGGAAGCAAGCGCGCCGAACAAACUCCAGCACUCCCUUGGGGGAGCUCUUUGACCACGGCCUGGACAGCUGGGCCUGCAUGUUCUUCGUAGUGACUGUUUACUCCACCUUUGGACGAGGAUCCAAUGGUGUCAGCGUCUUCGUUCUCUAUCUGCUCUUGUGGGUGGUUUUGUUUUCCUUCAUCCUCUCCCAUUGGGAGAAAUAUAACACAGGGAUUCUCUUCCUGCCCUGGGGAUAUGACAUCAGCCAGGUGACCAUUUCAGUUGUCUACAUAGUGACAGCGAUUGUGGGAGUUGAGGCCUGGUAUGCACCUUUCCUGUUUAAUUUCUUAUAUAGAGACCUAUUCACUGCAAUGAUUAUUGGGUGUGCACUCACAGUGACUGUGCCCAUGAGUUUGAUUAACUUUUACAAGGCCUAUAAAAGCAACACACUGAAGCACAGGUCAGUGUACGAAAUCAUGCUGCCGUUCUUCUCGCCAGCACUGCUGUUCAUCCUGUGCAUGAUCUGGAUCUUCAUGUCACCAUCAGACAUCCUGGAGGUCCAUCCCAGGCUCUUCUAUUUCAUGGUUGGAACAGCCUUCGCCAACAUUUCAUGCCAGCUGAUCGUGUGUCAGAUGAGUAGUACCCGGUGCCAGCCUCUCAACUGGAUGCUGCUGCCAUUAGCCCUGGUCAUCUUUGUGGUGAUCUCUGGAAUCGCACCACAUUGGGAAAAUCUUCUCCUAUACCUACUGACUGCUUUCAUCACCCUGGCGCACAUCCACUACGGAGUAGGAGUGGUAAGCCAGCUGAGCAAACAUUUCAACAUCCGACCUUUCUCGCUAAAGAAGCCCAGUAUGGAUUGACUAGAAGGGGAAGAAGAGAAAAUCAGCCUGCAGUCAGCACAAGUACUGUAAAUAACUGCUGCAAAUAGCUUGCACUUCAACCAUCACCACAGACCUACAUCGAUCUUCUGGACAGACACUGGGGCAGCGGGGGCUCAGCACCAGGGCUAGACCCCCGACUGCCAUUGAGAAAACACGCACCGCCCUAUGGUGAAACCAGGCAAGGGGAGUAGCCUUUCCAACUAUUCCUGUAUAUUAGAUUAGCCGAACGUCCUCAAGCCCUAACUCUGUUUGGGUAGAGCUGGCUUGGGGACGUGGAUGGCAUCACUCAGAACGCACGGUCACCCACAAUAACCUGGCAGCUGAGUUAGUAGCAAUGGCCUCCAGACAUCUGUAACGGAGACGUUUGAGCUGCAGGGCCAGUGAGGGACGUCCUCGUCGUACGCGAAGGCACAUGAGUCACGAACGCGGCUGUCUAGUGUUAGGUCAUCUGACAGGGUCUUUGUCCCUUGAUGCUAGUCUAGGGAGCAGUUCCCCAGCAUGUGCGCGCACACGUCCAUUCAUGCAGAAUGUUUGUUUAGAAGCUUCAAAUGAUCUUCCACUAGGACGACUUGGGGAUUGAGGGGUUUGACUAAGUGGUUACGGCAGCUUCCCCUUCUCCCCCCUCACGCCCCCUCCCCCGUUUUUCCAGCUUUGGGUAACUGGGACCAUAUCUUGACAGUAUUCUUGUUAACCAUACACUGGCCACGUGUUCUUUAAUCACGAGCCCAUGAAGGGAACUUGAGCUCUUAGCAGGAAUGGUUAUUUUGGGGUGGAGGGUGGCUUAUUACCGCCUGCAAGAGCUAAAAUAGCACAUGGCCAAGUUCUCCCUUCUGAUAAAUCAGUACAACCUCGUUUAAUAUCAGAGGGUUGGCUUGCAGGGGGAAGGGGAGUCGUUACAUGCUACAUGGAGCUUGUCCCAUUUCAGACUUGCUGUAGGCACUGCAAUUUGUGUGCACGUCCCCGGGAAGGGUGGGACAAUCUCUGUAUACGCAGUAUCACAGCUCCAGAUAACUGCACUGUGGCAAAUCCCACAGCUUGGAAAAACACCUGAAUAGUUCUUACAGCCGCUGACAUGCACAUACACUUGUGGAUAUUUUAUUUGGGGAAAAGUAGAGGUGAUUUUUUUUUUUAAAUUACCAUUUAAUUUAGGUCACAUCUGUCCUGAUGGCUAGGCCACACAUCUCAUCCAGCGAUAGCUUUCUGUUUGCCAUCUGCUAAGCCGGUAGCGUUCAGUGGUUUUAUUUUUUGUAAUUAAUUUAAUUGAGUCGUGGUGAAGACUGAGUGCUGAUUUUCUUUUCUGUUCAUUGUAUUUAAUGAAUAUUUGUGCUUGAAUGAAGAGUGCAGCCUAAACCCAGGCUCUGGACAGGCUGCACUCGGAAGUGGGCAAGCACAACGAAUGUUCAUAUAUAAUGUAUUGUGGGAACAAAUUCAUUCAUACCUGGGGAGUAGCUUGGUCAUGGUGUAUUCCUUCCCUGGGUGAAAAAUCUCCUGCUCUAGGAAAACUUAACUGUCAUUAUUAUUUAACGCUUUUCUUUUGUAAAUGUAAAUCAUUGUCAUGCAAGUUAUACAAAACAGAACGUCCAGAAGCCAGUUCACAGCAUUUAUUGUAAAUAGGUUGGUUUUAAUUUGAACUUGAAUUCUCACUGGGGUGUCCUGUACAGGAUCAUAGCUGAUGGAUAGAGGGACACCCUGCAAGACACAAGGGGAGAAUUUAAUUUCAAGCGGGAAAAUACCAUUACUGCUUCCAUCUCUAGGUGUUUCCCAUCUUGUUUUUUGGCUGUGGGGGUGAUUGGACUAAACACGUUGUAGUUGUUUUGUUAAUGUGUCAUGACUGUACAUCAGGAACUGGAGGAAGGUGUUAAUCUGGGAGAGGAAAAAACCUUUUAUUCCCCCUCAGAGCUUAUGAAAUAAGUAGCUUACUCUCUCAUAUAUAUAUAUUACUGACAUUGUACAGAAAAAGCUUAAGUGUACAGAGGAAUUGGGCUGUGCUUCAAUUUUUGAAACUCGUAACUGUUGAAUUAAAUAUAUAAUUAUGGGCAAAUUAACUUAAAUGAUAGUUGCACAAGAAACAUUAAGAAUUUGAAACCAGAUGUUGAAAAUGGGACACACAGUUUAACUCUCUGUGGAACGUUCUCC